UGCCAUCAUCUCAAACAGUCUCAGGAAAUCCUUCGAAUCAGACACAUCAAGACGAAGACACGCGGACAAGCAACAGGAACAUUGCCAAAAUGAAUGGAGUUUUAAAGAGUUUCUUGGUGGCCUUUGUGCUGGUCCACGCUGCGGAUGCUGCUUUGCCCGGUGGCCAUAAUUUAGCCAAUCUGUUCUUCCGUUCCCGUAUGGUUAGCCGUGAUCCUGCUGUGACAAUGGCCUGCUUCAACGAUUAUAUGGUCAAGUCGAACGAUAUCAGUGAAACCUAUAGCGAGGACUACAACCAGUGUUUGGUGAAUGCCAAGGAUGGCCGUAAAUUGAUUGAAGAGGAGAUGAAAGUCGAACGUGGCAAUAUUGUCCAAAGUGCCCAGGAAGUUUGUUCCAGCAUCAAGACCUGUAACAGCAUGAAUUCGACACUGGGUAUCUUUAGCUGUCAUGCUGAUAUUGGCGCCAAGAGCACCAAGGCUGUGUACAGCAUUUCCGGCAAUGCUUCCGAGUACGCCAGCAUUAUGCAUGAGAAAUUCCGCUUGAUCGAUUUGAGACACGACCAAUGCUGCAAGGCCGCCGAACGUAAAUAUGUUGAGGACACCGCUAUGGUCUAUCGUCAUUUGCAGGAUUGUUUGGAGGGUCGUGUUGCCCCUACUACUGCUCUUCCUUCGACCACUACCACCACCGGAGCUCCUAGCACCACCACCACCACAACUUUGGCUCCAACCACCACCACCACCAAGGCCAGCACCACCACAACAACCACUGCCUUGCCGCCAGAUACCACCCUUGCCCCCGAAUCCCCUGUAACCGAUGGUAAUCAAUUGCAGGCCGUAAUUGAACAAACUGCCGGAAAAGCCCAAGAUUUGGCCAAACAAUUGUUGCAAUAUUUUAACUAAUUUUCGUUAUUGAGUGAAUAAAUAUCUAAAGUUAACAGCA